AUGGAAUGGGGAGCGCAAGUAGACGAUCAAUUCAAUCAGAAUAUGAUCAUGUUAUUUGUUAAGGUGUGGAAGUGGGGCUUGAACGGUUUCAGAAUCACGGUUGCACAAAAGCAAGAAGCCGACCGUCUCAAGAUGGAUGAUAUGAUCUUAUCUGCGAUCUUUGUAAAGCAUAUCAAGUACCUUCGCAAUCAAUACAAGAAGCUCCUCAAAGACCCAAACGCUCUAGUUAAUGAACAAGAGAAAAACACCAGAAGUGUGUCACUUCAGCGAAAGACUGAAAAGCGCCAGAAGCACCUAAUGGCUAUGGGUGUUGUACCUUGCUAUGUUGAUGCGUUUGAGAAUAGAUACGCAAACUCGGAUGAUGAAGUUGACGUCAAUCCCACCUUCCCUGAAAUUUCCAUCAACUUCAGCAAAUAUCCGUUCUGGCGUUCCCCAAUCGCAAACAACUUUAUCGACUUUAUAGAAGGCCACAAAGUACACUCAACUGUCCGAAUCACUGGUGCUAAAGGACGUGCACCAAGAGGCAACAAAGCUCGUCCACGCCAACGCCGCGACCCACCAGUCAUAGAUUACGAUGCAGUUGCACCUUCUGGCCUUCCUGAGGAUUGGUAUAAUCCUGUGUUUCUUGCAAAGUGUACCUUCACCGAUCUUUUGGCUCUUAAAAUGGCACCACGAAUGUUUCCACAACAUGGUAAUUUCCUCAGCAUCUUGCCCGCUACAAACGAUGUUACCUUAUACGAUGAUGAAGGAGUAGCAUCUAUCCCCCCCCAUGUGUCCAAUGUACCUCUAGCCGAAUCUCAGGGUAGCAAACAACCUCCUGAAUUUCCACAGGCCCGUCACCUCAACUUUGAAAACCACACUGUGUUUGUUUGGCCCAAGGACAACGAGCAUCCUGUAGCUGGACCCUCUACUUCCCGCAGUCAUCAAACUACAGAUGAUGAUCCAGAGACGGAUCUAGAGAUGGAGCACGACUCGCUGUUCGAUGGUUCUGACGAUGAACUCUAA